AGAUUCAGACUCUUAAGGCUGAAGUGGAGGCUUUGAARCAAAGUAACGCGGCCCAGGAUGURGAAACAGCCUUAACCCUUCUGAGACAACAAAUCACACGGCCACCAGCAUUGUUCGACUCGCAUGCCACCAUGGCUGCCCUGGAACUACUGAUUGACAGCUGUCGGGCCAAUGGGGACCAGAGACUCACAAGGUAUAACACCAUCUUGAAGCAGAUCAGAUCCAUGGUUGGCCAUCCCUCCCUUCAGAAUGUAUUUCUCAAACUCGUAGGGUCCAAAGAGGAGGUCGAGGUCUCUAGGGAGAUCCAAAAAGCACUAAAGCACUCGCACCAGCCGCAGGCUCCUCUCCCCCGCGACCUCUACUGGCAAAAAGGCGUUGGCCUCCACAGAUGACACCCUAUCAACGCGCUAGGCCUACCUGUUUCUUGUGCCAUAGGCGUGGACAUAUUGCUCGCACAUGUCCUAAUAAUARCAACAGCAACCGUGGUUAAUCUUGCCAUAGCAUGUGUAAGGAAGAAUCUAUUAAAGGAUGU